AUGGCGCCGAUGUAUAUUCUCUAUCUCCUGAUCUUCGGAUGGGCAGUGAGAGAAGGAAUCACAUAUGACCUGGGCGAUGUCACCUACUUUGCAAACUCGCUGCAUCCACAAGUGAUAGGGCAGAUUGGAAGUGCCCAAGGAAGUGAAGCAGCUGAGGCCAAGGCAUACACGCCAAUCACUGUGAUCAUCACCAACCAGAGUGUCGUCACGGGGGGUUUCUUGGAGGAGACAAUUGACGCCUAUCUGGCUGGAGAUGAUGUCUUCUUCGAGCAGUUCCUGACCUCGAUCUAUAUCACUUCUACCUCUUCCAUUCAAUCCGUCACCAUCGACAAGACGGCGCUGAAAUACUUCGAUCAGAUUGGAGUCGACCAGCUCUAUCUCGACGCUACAGUCUUCCGAAAAGGCCCCAGUCAUGCUGUCUCCCCCGGACCGUAUACGGCCCUAUUGCUUGGAACGACAGUUCACUUUCUAGACACCUACAGGCUAUACAUCGACCAGUAUCGCGACUUCAUCACAGGGAGCUACCCUAUCAAUGAUGGCCUGGACACUUACGCACCGCUGCAGUCCAUGCACUCUCGGACCUGGGCUCCGAUGAUACCUGUUCCCAGUCGCAUCCAUUUCUGGGACGAUCCUCGUCCACUGGCUGGGAAACGGGUGGCCAUUAAAGACCUCAUUGACGUUAAAGGCCUCCAGACCUCAGCCGGCAGUCAGGCGUGGAUUCACACACAUCCAAUCGCCGAUUCGACAGCGCCAGCUAUCCAACGACUGAUCGAUCUGGGUGCAGUCCUCGUGGGCAAGUACAAAAUGGCCCAGUUUGCUGCCAGCGCAAGCCCAUGGGACUGGGUUGAUGCACAACAUCCCUUCAACCCCCGAGGCGACGGUUACCUCACCUGCGCCGGCUCGUCCUCCGGAGGCGGUUGCUCCAUUGCAGCAUACGCCUGGCUAGACCAUGCCAUCGGCACUGACACCGGCUCAUCGAUGCGCCGACCAGCAGCCGUCUCGGGUACCUACGGCAAUCGGCCCAGCCAGGGUAUGAUGUCUCUAGAGGGAGCCGUGCCACUCAGCUGGGCCGGCGACACUGUUGGUGUCUUUGGGCGCGAUCCACUCGCAUGGUCUCAGUUCGCGAAAUCAUGGUAUGGCAGCGAGCCAGAGCUGCAUCAAAAUACCUCCAUCACCGGCCUUCCUCCACUUUCCCUGCCGAAGACUCAUGCAUUCCCAUCACGCAUCCUCUACCCAGAUGAAUACUUCCCCAUGCCCAACCCCGCGGCACAAGACCUGCUCACCUCCACCCUCUCCCGACUAACCACCCUCUUCAACAUGACAAUCACCCACUUCAAUCUCAGCUCCACCAUCACCGACGCCGCCAUCUUCCCCGACACGACCGACAACUGGGACCGCCUCGCCAACAACACCAUUGUCCUCACCACGUGGCCGCAGUACCACGACGUGGCCCAGACCUUGAUCUCAUCCUGGGCCGACCAGCACGACGGACGCUUCCCCCCCGUGGACCCCGGUCUCCGUGCCCUCUGGACAAACCUCGACUUCAACGUCACGAAUGCGGAGAACUAUGAGGCCGCCGUGCAGAGCCGAGCCAAGAGUAUCAAGUGGUUUGAGCGCGAGAUUCUCCGCUUUGAUGCGGACGCCUGCUCCGAGGCGUUGCUCGUUUGCGAUGCCGGGACCGGAGGGCUGCCCAGCUUCCGCGAGUCGAGGCUGAACGAGGGCCCCAACGCGACGUUCCUGUCCUCGUACCCGGAUGGGGCGGUGAUUCCAUGCGUGACCAUUUGUGCGUUGUUCGGCUGUGCGGACUUCACGAUCCCGUUGGGACAAGUCCCGUACUCCUCGCCCGUGACGAUGGUGACGGAGCAGUGGCCCGUAGUUUUCAAUCUGAUCGCGCGACGGGGCUGUGAUUUCAUGUUAUUUGAUCUGGUGGAAAGGAUGGCAGAGGAAGGGAUUAUCGCGGAAGUGAAGACGGGGAGGACUGCGUUUUAG